AUGCGAGGUGUUAUACUGAUAGAGAAUAAACGAGAUAAUAAAGGUCGGGAAAAAGGAAACGGAGCACAAAACCCAUCGCACAACGGCGGAAAGUUGCCCCAUUCCGAAUACGUCAAACGGAGCUGGACAGUUGCGAGAUACGUAUUGAUUGCGCGCCAUAACUCGCCGCCGUGCGAACAAUACGGGAGCGCUGGACGUGGGCCGUGUCAAAGGCGAAAGUGUGGCGAACAAAUGGACGGUGGAGCCGGUGAAAUGCCGCGAAGAGCGGCGGCCCUGGCGACGAUGGAAAACGGCGUAAUUAGAGAGUUAUCAGAGCGGAACAUUGGU